CCGAACGAUCUUCCAACCAUAUAUAACCCAGCCAUCGCCCGAUUCCCCUUCGAAAUCCAUCUUUCCCCGCCGCCCCUGCGGCCUUGCCUCCUCGCAGCUGCUCGGAGAAGAAGAAAAUCAAUUCAAGAUCAGAGUGAGCCGGAAAUCGUAUCAGGAGAUGUCGCGGUACGUGGAGAUGCUGGACAUGGGGGUGCGCGUCGCGGCGAGGUUCCACUCCCACUGCCCGCACACGGCGCGCAUGUACUACAAGCCGCCGCAGACCACGGCGGAUCACGGCGGCCGCGGGGACGGCGGCGCUGCAGCAGGCAAGCAGGUGGCGGCCGGCUUCAGGUUCGAGGCGGUGACGUCGUCGUCCGCCGGCGCCAUGGCGGUGGCGGCGGCGGCGGCAUGGGAGGACCGCGGCUUCGGCGCCACCGCGCCGUCGGGGUUCGACUUCGAGUUUGACACCGCGCAGGCCGUCGUCGUCUACGACCACGUCGCCGUCGUGUGAGGAGGAGUUUCGAUCGAUCGUAUAUAUAGUAGCUUUGGCCGGAGAGGAUUUGAUUUUCUCCCGGAAACAAUUUUGACACAAAGGGAUUGAAUUUGAUUAUGUGAAUGUAAUGUACCUAUGUACACUCCGUUUUAUUGUUAUUUUUGAGAUUUGAUAGCUGAAAUUAAUGGAAGAAACAUUGGU